CGGCUCUUUUUGACCUUUUCUUCAUACUUGUUAUCCUCAUAAUGAAGUUCUCUGCAGUUCUCUCUACCUUGAUGGUAGCCGGCCUGGUUGUCGCGGCUCCUCCUGCUCCACGCCCUACUGAUAUCCAACCUCACCACCACCAUAACCCUCCUCCUAACGCUCCUCUUCCCAAACCCCACCACAACAACAAGCGUGACGGCCCAGAGCCUCCUUAUGAUGAGCCCACACCCGACGCUCCCAAGCCUGCGAAUGAUCCCCAGCCCCAUGAUCAGCCCAAGCCCAUCCCUCAACCCUCUAAGGACGGACCCCUUCCCAACGACCCGAAUGCCCCACAGAAGCGCAAUGAUGGACCGAAGCCUCCAAAGAAUCCUCAGCCAAAACCUCAACCAAAGCCUCAGCCUAAGCCUAAGCCCCAACCUAAGCCCCUCGAUGACAAGCCGCAGAAUCCGCCUAGGCCCAACUAGGUGAUGUGAGAUGGUGUUGCUGGGAUAGUUGUUGCAUCAGUGGAUGAGUGUAUGAUUGUUUAGAGGAAAAGUUGGUCCCGUUGUGAUCUCUACGGGUAGAUAAAAGUUAA